CCUUCUUGGAGAAUUGGAUUAAAUCAGAUGGGAUUGUAUUUGGCUAGGAAUAGUUUGGAGCUUGAAUUUGUUGGAGGCAAUCUAUGUUAAUCAAGUUGUUUGGAUUAGGUCUAGUUCUACCGUAUGAAGAUCCAAUUCAAUUGGAUUCAGGGUCUUGAUUAGUGGCUCUGGCGUACAUGUAAUUCUCCCAGAGAAGCCCCAAGACCCCAUGCCGACCGGCACACGGAAUGCUCUCCGCCGCGCUCCGCCGCGCGCACCAUCGCUCCGUUAGACCCGGCCGUCCUGCUCCUCCGCCGCCGCUGCGUCUUUCCCUCUUCCCUUCUUGUUCCCGUCCCCAAGAUCCCACCUUUCCCACGCCAACUCCCCUCUCCACCACCACAGCCGCCGAAGGCUUCGACCCCAUCGACCAGUUCCUCCCUCCCCGGGCCCUCCCUCCGCCGCCCCUCCGUCCCUCCCUCCGCCGCGAGACCCUCCUCUCCCUCGCCCGAGCCCUCAAGACCGCCCCCACAUGCCUCCCUGCCCUCCAGGCCCUUGCUUUUGGCUUCCGCCCCGGCCCCCUUGCCAGCGUCCUCCGCUCCUUCCCCCACCCCCGCCCCGCCCUCGCCUUCUUCGCCCGCUCCCUCCCCGACCUCUCCACCGCCACCGUUCGCUCCUGCUGCGCCGCCGCCCACCUCCUCGCCGCCGCGGACCCCGCGCUCAAACCCCUCGCCCAGGACCUCCUCGCGUCCCUCCUCCAUCGAAUGGGCCCCCAUCGUGGCGCCGAGCUCCUCCUUUGGACCGAGCACCACCGGUCCCUCCGGUCCUACUACACCGUCCUUCAUUUGGUACUCCGCGCCUUCCUCAAUGCUGGAAUGGCUCCAGAAGCCUUGGACGUCUUGCGCCGGAUCAGAGGCCGGGGGAAGACACCAAGCCUGUCGGCGUUGGCCAUUCUUCUGAGACUGCUAUUCCGAACGGGCGAUUGGGUGAGUGCCUGGAAAUUGUUUAAAGACAUGGUCGGGAAAGGACCCCGCCCAAGCUCGAGGACCUUCAACGCAAUGAUUCUUGGAUCCUGCCGAAGAGGGGCCGUCUCGUUCGGCGAGGGCCUCCUUCGAGUGAUGCACAGGUUUCGCUGCGAGCCCGAUGCUUGCAGCUACAACAUCUUAAUGAAGGCACAUUGUGUGUUUGGGCAGUCUGCCUAUGCCUUUGAGCUGUUUGAUUCAAUGCUCGAAUCCGGUUGUGCUCCAACUGUUAUUACUUACAACAUACUUAUUGAUGCUUUGUGCCAGGAGGGAAGAAUGGACGAAGCAAGAAUGCUUUUUGAUGGCAUGGAAGAAGAGGGAAUUGAAUCUAAUACAGUUACUUAUAACGUUCUAGUUGAUGGUUAUGCAAAGGCAGGGCAAAUUGAGAAGGCGGAUGCAGUCUAUAGAGAGAUGAGGGGGAAGGGACUGGGCCCUGAUUGCUACACCUUCAACAUUCUUGCUGCGGGGCAUUGCAAGUUCCGGAAAGAUUGGGAAAGUGAGGGCGUGCAUUUGCUGGAUGAAGUGUUAAAAUCAGACGUGUUCCCAGAUGCGCCGAUGCUGGACAUGUUGGUCUCCAGGUUCUGUUGGGACGGGCAGUUGGAUGAUGCGCGGGAACUUUUGCAGCAUGCUGUAGAUGAGGGUAUGACAGUGAGUAUUGCAGGUUUUAACUCAGUUAUCGCUGGCUAUAGCAAGGAGGGAUUGGAAGAAGAAGCUUUUGAUUUAUAUCAAAUCAUGGUGGAGGCUGGUCUUGCACCCUCCGCAUCCACUUGCAACUCUUUGCUCAUGGGCUUGUGCAAGAGAGGGAGGUUGGAUGAUGCCAGGAUGCUCCUAGAUAAGAUGGUAGAGAAAGGCUAUUGUAUGAGUACAUCGGCUUUCACAAUCUAUUUAGAUGGGUGUUUCAGAAUGGGCAAUACUGCUGCUGCUUUGAGGUGUUGGAAUGACAUGGAGAAGCAAGGGAUCCAUCCUGAUGUUGUUGGCUUCUCAGCCUAUAUUAAUGGUCUCUGCAGAGCUAAUUACAUGGAAGAGGCACAUGAGGCUUUCCAUGAAAUGUGUAGGAGAGGAUUGGUUCCAAACAAUUUCACAUACAACUCUUUAAUUUCUGGAUUUUGUAGGGCUGGUAACGUAGCUGAGGCAUUGAAAUUGGAGAGGGCGAUGAGGCAGAAUGGCCUUGUUCCUGAUAUUUUCACGACCAAUAUAAUCAUUAAUGGAUUCUGUAGACAGGGGAGGCUGAAGAUGGCGAAUAACAUUUUCAUGGAAAUGUAUGCUAAUGGAUUAAGUCCGGAUAUCGUAACUUAUAAUACUUUUAUCAGCGCUUACUGUAGGGCUUUUGAUAUGGUGAAUGCAGCGAACCUUGUGAAUAAGAUGUCUUCAGAGGGUUGUGAACCAGAUAUCUUCACAUAUAACAUAUGGAUUCACAGCCUCUGUAGUAGUUGUAUGACAAACCGAGCCAUUAAGGUGCUAGAUGAACUUGUUUCCACAGGUUUUGUUGCUAAUACAGUUACUUACAACACCAUGAUGAAUGGUAUCUGCAGUGAUGUACUUGAUCGUGCUAUGAUUCUGAUGGGGAAAUUGCUUAAGAUGGCCUUUGUUCCCAAUGUGAUUACAGUUAACCUGCUGCUCUCUCAUUUCUGCAAGCAAGGGUUGGCAAGGAGGGCUUUGAUUUGGGGAGAAAAGCUUAGACAGGUCUCCAUUUUUGAUCAUACCACGGGGAAUAUACUUGACAGGGCCUACCGUGACAUGCAAGAGGAUGCAGAACCUUUGACAGGGGAGUCCGAUAGAAGCUUAUUUUUAGAAUUUCUCAUGCGCAUUACUUACGGAUCCUUACAUAACGGUGAACCUUUAAAACAUAAACCAUUGAUGAUCACUAAUAUUGUUGAUCAUGGAAUUACCAAGUCUUCCAAGAUGAUGAAUGUGAGAUAGCGACAUGAGAACUAUGUGGCACGAGCACAUGUUUUCUGGGUGGACAUGCAUACCAAUAUUCCUAUCUCUUAAAUUGCUUCAUGCAUGAGACAUGAAGUUGUCUAUGUUUGAGAAGGCCAUUGGGUUAUUUUCUCCUCUCCAUGGGAUUUUACUCUCAUAGAGAGAGAGUAUAGAAUUUUUCCAAUUCAUGCAGCAGGAGAACCAACUAUAGCCAUGCUGUCAUUCGAUUGCUUUUGGUACUCAGUGCAGUCCAGAUAAAUAGAUUUAUGGAACAGAGUGCAGGAUCAGAUUUAUGGAACAUGUAGUGAAGCAAAAAUGAUCAUGAACCGAUAUCACUUUUAUUGGAAACUAGUUGCUGGACUGAAGCUGGAUUGUUUUCUGCUUUAUUUUAAAGCAAAAGCUGGAAGUUCAUCUUUCAGAUGAUAACUGAGCACAUUUCUUGAAGGAUUUUGGGUGUUGCCGGCUCUUGGAACAUUUUGAUGAUUCCACUAUACUGCAUUCUGGCCUUUAUUGUAUAUCAGUCCAAUUUCUUCAAUAGUUUUACCAAAUACAGGUGAUUGACAGAAUCCUUAGUUUUCUGAGCUUUGUUUUUCAUCACAUUCAAUAAGGUCAAUUUACUGCACAGGAGAUACUGCUGCAGACAAUGUGGAGAACAUCCUUGUCUGAUUUAGAGACAAGACAUCCAACUUUUUGAGGGCAUAAAUACACAACAGCGUUAGCUGCUCUCUUCACGGAAGUUUCCAUCAGCGAUAUUGGUCAUUUGGCAUAGUUCUGUAGUCUACUUUUCUCCAGUAUCAAAUAAUGCAGGACCAUCAGGAUAUAGAAGAUUAUCACUAUGACCUAUCCAACCUUAAUGAGAUUCAAAUUCAUAGACAGCAACUGCAAUUCCUUUAGCUGUUUAUUUUCCUUAGGCUUGAACAAUUGCAAAUUUAGGAACCAAUUUGUCAAGAAGGCAACAAUAAAAUGAUGAAGGCAUGUAAGAGUAUACUGCAAGCACCAAGCACUAUUCUGGAACAUCCUUGCUAUAUGACUUAGCUAGUUACUUGAGGUAACCCUACAUAUCAAUCAACGGAGGCAACUUGAGAACCUACAGAUAUAUUUGCGUAUGAUAAAAACUUCUUGACUUUUCAUAGUUCCAUUAGAUGCAAUCUGAAUAAUUUAACGCGGUUUUCAACAGAGCUAGACUAAUUAUUGCAUCAUGCUUUCCCAAAAGCCGAAAGGAUUGUUUAGCCCAAAGCUCAUAACCUGUCUAUCUUUAGAAAGAAAGUCUCAAACACCCUGAAGUUACAGAUACAGGAUUUAUGGUUCUGUGGCGCACUGAAAAUUUUGUUUAUUUAAGUUUUAUGGCACAGGGCAAUUGCUGUAGUAUGAUAUCUGCUGAUAAUUUUAUUAACUCUGAAUCUUUGGAUGAUUCUUUGUGAUGUAAAAGUGAACUGUUUAUUAGCAUGCUGGGUUCCAUGUAGCCCAUGGCAAAUAAAUUGUGAUUAUAGGUGGCGAACACAUCAAGAUACCAAUCCAAGUCAUAGGAUUUAGCAACUAAAAAGGCUGCAGAUGUUUGAGGUGGUAAUUGAUAGUGAUGGUGAAUCAGGGUACAUAAGUUGCGGCGGUAGAUCCACAAUGUUACUUGAAGGAAAAAGAAUCAACUUUGCCAGCUGACUUUAUGUUUUCUUCAGUAUUGUUUGUUGGAAAUCAUGAAAUUGACAUACUGAGUUCACUGAUUAGAGUGGUGAGCAGGAACAGGACAUCGGGUCCGUUGGUAAUCAAGUCGACAGUUUAUAUGGUGAAUUCUUGUAACAGAAUGGAACUGUUCCAGAUUAUCAUAAAAGUCAUAAGAGCAAAACUGCUGAUAUCCACUAUGCUAUCUUCAAAUAAGCUGAAUACCAGAGCUGACCACAUUCAACUGUUCACAAGUUUGUAAAUAUUGAACCGAAUCAUGCCCUCUGAAUUCAUGGAAGAGAUGGUAACCUCAUUAGGUGAUGAAGGUCAGGGGUUGAUCCAUUGCACAUCCAUGAAAAUCCUGGCCACAAGGAUCAACAGAAACUGAAGACUGCAUGGAGAUGAGAUAACUAAAUGAUUGAAGAUUCCAUUGAGGAAAAAAGGUCACAGAGAAUAAAUCAUGAUAUGAUAAAAUAUCGGAAUUGAUUGAAGAACAUUUUUUGUAAGAUUGUUGGGAUCAUGCUAGAGAAUUCACAGAGGCAUCCAUCGAAAAAGUGAUUGAAAUACAACGGUCACACCAUUGUACCCAAAAAAGGCGACCACACCAAUGUCUCAAAACAAAAUUUUAGUA